GUUGUUGAGUGACGACGACGAAACUUGACCAAAUUGAACAAGUUUUCAAAUGUUCAGACGAUCAUCAAGCCAUACAGAAUGAUGAAAGGAUCAACAUUGUUGUUAUUAAUAUUAUCAUUGCUGUGCUAUAAUGGUGGUCAAUGUAAUAAAGAGAAAUCAUCGUCGUCGUCCAAACCACGGUUAUUCAAUGGCGAUGUAGAAUUUGUAACACUUUAUUUUCCAAUAAACCCAAUGGUACAAUUAUUAUAUGAAAAAGGCUAUAAAGGGGGUUAUGGUACACGUUAUGAAGACUUGAAUCGUGGCAUUAUCAAAAAUAAAAAAUAUCCAUUCAAAUUUUAUCGGCCACCACCAUCGCUGGAUAAACGAAGCUUAAUUGAUUGAUUCAUAGUUCAUGGUUCAUUGGAAAGUUUGACCGAAGAUGAAAUCCA